UAGGUCAAAAUGGCAGCUUCCGUGGGGACUCGGCUGUGUGAAACUCCAGCGUGUAAUAAGGAAGCCAAGCUUCAGUGUCCAACGUGUAUCAAGCUAGGUGUAGAGGGGUCGUUCUUUUGCUCACAGGAAUGCUUCAAGGGUUCUUGGAAUGAACAUAAAAAAAUUCACAAAAAAGCAAAGGCUGACUCACAACCAAAUGAUGUCAGUAAUUCAUACCACCCUUGGCCAGGGUAUAGUUUCACGGGGAAACUGAGACCAUACCCACAGUCUGCUAUGCGCACUGUUGGAGAUCACAUAGCUCGGCCAGAUUAUGCAGAUCAUCCUGAUGGUGUCUCUCAUAGCGAGCGCAGCAUGCGUGGUUCCACCAACAUCAAGGUGCUAAAUGAUGAAGAAAUUGAAGGAAUGAGGGUGGCUGGAAAGUUAGCCCGAGAGGUUCUAGAUGCUGCAGCUGCUGCUAUUGCUGUAGGAGUCACCACUGAUGAAAUUGACAGAAUUGUGCAUGAGGCAUCUGUUGACAGAGAGUGCUAUCCAUCACCCCUGAACUACUAUAACUUCCCUAAAUCUUGUUGCACUUCCAUCAAUGAAGUGAUCUGUCAUGGUAUACCUGACAUGAGACCUUUAGAAAAUGGGGACAUUUGCAAUGUUGAUGUGACUGUUUAUCAUCGUGGAUACCAUGGUGAUUUGAAUGAGACGCUGUUUGUAGGUGAAGUAGAGGAGAGUAGUAAAAAGCUGGUGAAGGUCACCUGGGAAUGUCUGCAGAAAGCCAUGCAGCUGGUGAAACCAGGCAUCAGAUACAGAGAGGUUGGCGAUGUCAUUCAAAAGCAUGCUCAAGCUCAUGGUUACUCUGUUGUCAGGAGUUACUGUGGCCACGGGAUUCAUCAACUUUUUCACACUGCUCCCAGUGUCCCUCAUUAUGCAAGUAAGUAGACAUUAAUUUAUGGUCUGAAAGCAAAAUUCUAAUUCAUAACUGGAUUAAGUUAGGUUCUAUGUUAGUAUUGUUUAUUAUAAAGAGCAAUAAGGAGUCUUUACCACAU